CUCUCUCUCUCACACAUUCUCACACAUAAACACCCCCACUCCACCUCGGGGACGUCUAUCGAUACGCAAUACGCAGGCAGACUACUUGUGAUGGGCGAGCACACUGCGAUGAGCCAGCGAGCCAACCACGGCGUGAGGUAGAUCGGGCAUGUCCCGUUGGGAAUGGUAACGGCUGUGACACCGAUGUGCACGCUUGUGUCGGUCUUCAUUUCGCGACCCUCCACGGGUGUGCAGCCAUGAACAGGCCAGGCAGUUGGCGACCAAGAUUAGUGCAUCCUGCAGGCCAGCACAAAAGUUAUGCCGCGCGUCUUGCCGCCCUAACAGCACGACUGACAGACAGGCUGUCUGGCUGUCUAGGGAUCCCACGAGUCAAUCCCCAGUCGCAGAAUUGACAGUGCAUGAGUCCGUCCUGGGGGGCCUGCGACAUGGCCCUCGCAGGCUAUCAUUGGGCCAAGUGGAGUCCGGUGCUGCGCCUGCUCAGCAUCCCGACUCCCCUUCCACACCAUGUGGGCUUUUGUAGUUAACCAAUUCCGUGCGCCCGCCCGUCUGUUCCUGGUCGUCUUUUCUUCUUCCUAACCUAAUCGCUCGCUCGUCUGCUGUUGAUCCAUCCUACUUAUCCACGGACCUGCCCGUCACUCGCUGCAUUUCCCUUGUUCCAAGGUUUAUCAACCUCUAUCGCUUGUCUUUCUCUUCCUUCUUACCCCAGUCUGUCCUCGUUCUUGUCGACAGUCACUUCACUUCUCUUUUUUUUUGUGGGAUAAAUCUUACUUGACCUUUUUGGCGUCUUCUUAUACACGCUGUCUAUCCGUCCCUUAGUCGUGUGUACAAGUCGACCCUGUCCUUCCUUUGAUCAAGAUCAUCAUUCAUCGUCCACGCACGAACCCUAUGACAUCUUCCUCCACUACAACCUACUUUACCUAUUAGUAGACGGCUUCGCUAUCGCGGGUCGUUGUCCAGUCAUUCCUUGAAUAACCUUUCCAUCAUCCCCAGCUACCGUUGCUCAUCAGCUAUUGCACGAGCAACCCUAAUACAUCCACCAAAGCAUACUAUUUUAGAUUACCUUUGGUAAGUUGUCAUCCCUCCAGAACAUUCCGGAAGAGGAAGAAGAAGAAGAGGAAGAAGAAAAGAAGCAAGAGGCGGAGAAGAACAAAACACUACGAAUGUAUCCAAGUCGAGAAAACGGACGAGAACAGAUGGAGAGAUAUCCAGACAAGAUGACGACAACUAACAUUCCACAUAAAGAUACACCACUAUCAACAACAACAACAACAACAACGCAGCAAUGGAAGGCUCAUAUUCCAUGCACCCGGCCCAGGCCAUGAACUCGCACUUCUUCUACUACAACCCGGAUACCGCCAAAGAGAACGCACGCCAACACGGACACUUCACACCUCACCCAUCAGGCCAGCAAUUGCAAACGAUGCAACCGCAAAACAUGGUCUUCCAACGACCAUCAUCAGCCAGCUCGCAGACCUCGUACCCCCAGCAGACGGCCUACGCCAACCAGAUGCUCACACCCGUUGCAUCGCCGAGGCCCAUGUACCAGAAGCCGGCCAUCCUCGUGCAGCCCCAGGAUUCGCCUUUCCUUCACCCCAUUGACACCGACUUCUCCGACAUGCGAUUCGCGCCGGCCACCCCCCCGCUGUCGUCGUCGGGUAGCAACAUCAGCAGCCCGCCGUCCAUGUGCGACUUUGUGCCGACGCCCGUCAACGCUUUCUUCGCUGGCGAGGGAAUGGAGGGUGUCAAGCAGGGAUGCGAAGAGGAGGUGUUUUCCGAGAUUCUGUCUGCUGGCGCCGAAUGGCGAUCGGCGUCUCCCCCAAUGACUCCAGUUUUCAUCCAGCCCCCCGCGACUGGCAGCCAGGGCUCGUACCUUCUGUCCGCGACGUCGUGCCCCUCGCUCUCACCUUCGCCGUCGCCCAUGCCCAGGACUCCCUUCGCCGAAACCGAGGCCAACUUCUGCAACCCCCGCGAUCUCACCAAAUCCGACUCUGCAGGGCCUUGCCUGCCCACCCUCUGCCCCAGCGACGAGGAGCACAAGUUGGUGUUGAAAGGCGAGAGCGCCAAGCCUGAGGCCGCCCAAUCACUCGCUUUCGCUGGCCAAAUCACCUUCGAGCCCCUGUUCGAGCUCGACCACGAGGACGACUUUGCUGGACUCGUCCAGUUUCCUGCCACCGACAACGCGCAAUUUUUGGGUAACAAGCGACAGAGGACCGACUUGGUCUCCUUCACCCCAGAGGAGGACCUUGUCAGCAACGCCAGCUUCACCGACUUUGAGGAGGAUCUCUGCAGUCUCCCUCUCACUCCUAGCGUAGAAGACAGCUUCUCCUCCGACGUCAUGUCUUUCGAGCCUGUUCCCAAGAAGAGGAGCAAGAAGUCCGUCAAGGUCGACAACAUGGAUACCGAGGACGUCGAUUUCCAGAGCACCCAGCAAGUGUCCGGCGACAACACCACCCAGUCGGAAGCCUCUAGCCAACACGAGGCUGCACACGCAUUCGCUACCUCCUCAGACGAGGGUUCGCCUGCGCCUUCGGUCGCUCCCACCAGCCGCCGCGGCCGCAAACAAUCUCUCACCGAGGAUCCUUCCAAGACAUUCGUGUGCGAGCUUUGCAACCGUCGUUUCCGCCGCCAGGAACACCUCAAGCGCCACUAUCGCUCUCUCCACACCCACGACAAGCCUUUCGAGUGCAACGACUGCGGCAAGAAGUUCUCUCGUUCAGACAACCUCUCCCAGCACCAGCGUACUCACGGUUCCGGCACCGUCCUCAUGGGCGUCCUGGAGCAGAACGAGGUGCAGCAAUCCCCGCUUCCGCCGGCGCCUACCGGCUUCGAGCACAGCGAUCCUGCCAUGCUCGGUCAGAUCCUGUACACUGCCACCGCCAACAUCUCGAGUUCCAGCUCAUCAUCAGAGGGCUUCUCUGACGUGGACUCGCCUUCCAAGAAGCGCAAGCGGAAUGAGUAGUGAUUGUAUUCCGCUUCAAUCUUCAACUCUUUACGACCCGUCAUGACCUUGUUCUCUCUCUCUCCCCUCCGAUGGAGUACUUUAAUGCC